UAUACAACAAAAAAAAACACUCAUAGAAAAACUGGUAGAUUGAUUGGUGGCUCUUUUUUUUUCUUGUUAUUUUUUUUUCUUCUUCUUUUGGUUUGUCAAUAUUUGUUGCCCCUUAUUUUUUUAUUGCACACGUUUUACAAUUAAAAGCAAUAAUCAUCAUCAUUAUUAAAAUAAAAUAAUCUUUGGCCAUUGAUUAAAAAAAAUAUGGCCAUCAAUUUUUAUAAAUAUCAUGAUCAAAUUGUUCAAGCAUAUAAAGAAGUAUUGGAUGCUAAAUGUCCAAUUAAUUGGGCACUAUUUGGAUAUGAAAAACAAUCAAAUGAUUUAAUGUUAAUCACAAAAGGUGAUACUGGUCUUGAAGAACUUUAUGAAGAAUUUAGCCAAAGUAAAAUUUUAUAUGCAUUCUGUGAAGUUAAAGAUGAUUCAUUAAAUAUUCGAAGAUAUUUGCUCAUCAAUUGGCAAGGCGAAUGUGCACCGCUACAACGUAAAGGAGUCUGUAUGAAUCAUUUUGCUGAUGUUCGUAGUUUUUUUAAAGAUGCUAAUAUCGUAUUAAAUGCUCGACAUGAAGAUGAUGUCGAACCAGAAGUAUUGAUGCAGCAUGUUAAUAAAUUAGCCUCAAGAAUCAGAAUCGAUAAACAAACAAAUGGUGGUAGCAUACAUCCAACUACAAAUGGUAACGAUAAUCAUGAUGAUGAUGAUCAUGAUAAUUCAAAGCCGGUAGGCACCAAUUAUCAACGAACAGUAGCACAGAGAGAAAUAUCAUUAAAAGAACGUGAACGAUUCUGGAACCAACAGAAACAAGAAGAAGAACAACGAUUAAAAGAAGAAAAAUUGAAACAAUCGGCUAAUCGUUUUGAUAUGAAAGCCGAAUUACAACGUAAUUGUCAAACAACAACUACUGGUCAAGAAUCGCCAAUUAAAACUAACCAAAGUCAAUUAUUACGUAAAGAACGUAUGGAAGAGGCCAAAUCUUUGAUUUCAAAAAACAGUAUAAGUAAUGCUCGGGCAUUUUUUGAACAAAAUUCUUCUACACCCGCAAUACAACAGCAACAACAGCAGCAGCUCAAUUGUCAAUCACAAUCGACAAAAUCAUCAACAGCAGCUUCGAAUUAUGUAAAUCAUGUACAAUCGAUGUUAUUGCAAAAGCAACCUGAACAUACCGAACAAGAACAGCAACAUCAACCACAAGAACAACAACAACAACAACAACCGAUCUCUGUUAAUAGUGAAGAAGUGGAUGAUGUUGUUGAAAAAGUUAUUGAAUCAAAUCAGAAUAGCAAUGAUGGUGGUGAAGAUGAAUCUUCAAGUGAUGAAUCGUUUCAUACGAAUCCAGUCGAUGAUCAACAACAACAACAACAACAGCAAUAUGGCUAUUAUAAUGAACCAAGACAACUGGAAAAUAUUGAAGAAGAACAAAAUGAAGAAGAUGAUGAAUCAAACAAAAGAAAAGAUGAAUUAGAAACAGUUUCACAAGGAUUACGUGCAAAAGCACUUUAUGAUUAUCAAGCAGCUGAUGAUACUGAAAUUAGUUUUGAUCCUGAUGAUAUUAUCACGCAUAUUGAACAGAUUGAUGCUGGAUGGUGGCAAGGACUAUCACCAAAUGGUGCCUAUGGAUUAUUUCCAGCCAAUUAUGUUGAACUUUUGGACAAUUGAUAAACAACUAAGAUCUAACAAUAACAACAACAACAACCGAAGCAGCAACAUAGAAUCUGUUAUGAUUUUUUUUUAUUUAUUUUUAUUUUCAUUUUUUUUUCUUUUUGCUUGUUUAUCUGUCGAUUUUUGCUUCCUAUUGAUAUUUACAUUAAAUGAUUUCAUAUUA